GUGGUAUAGGCGGUGGAGCUGAUGGUCAAGGCGGAGUUGCGAUGGUGAUGCCUUGGAUGGUCAAGGACUCAAGUUUAGAGAUGUAAGGUCAAAUUUUGGCAAUUGUGUGAAUGUAAGUAAUGAUGGGGGUAUUGAGGUCAUUUAAUACCACGAUUUCAUCGUGGCAUUUAGCAAUUCAAAAUCUACUCGUCAACAAUUCCGCCGGUUAAAUUUGGUUGCCGUGUAAUACUCCUACAAGUCCUCCUGCAUACAACAUUAAUUCCGAGUUAGAUACCAUUCAUAUUCUUUACUCUCUCUCCUCCACCAACCUCACUCUCUUUUUCUCUCUCUACUCUUUCUCUCUCUACUUCGCCGGCAAAAAUGGCGAGGAAAUCCUUCAUCGACGUCUCACCGGAAUCCGACUUCCCUAUCCAGAACCUUCCUUACGGUGUUUUCAAGCCCGAACCCGCUUCACUUCCUCGACCCGGUGUUGCCAUCGGUGACUUUGUGCUCGACCUCUCUCAAAUUUCUUCCGCCGGUUUAUUCUCCAGUCCACUUCUCAGUGGUUCCGACUGCUUCAAUCAGCCUACACUCAAUAAAUUUAUGGCAAUGGGACGACCUGCGUGGAAGGAGGCACGUGCAACCAUUCAGAAGCUACUAUCAGAAAGUGAGCCAACAUUGCGUGACAAUGCAAGUUUGAGGCAGAAAGCACUAAUUCCGAUGAGCAAGGUGGAGAUGCUUGUACCUAUGACCAUUGGAGACUACACUGACUUCUUCUCAUCCAAGCAUCAUGCUAAGAAUUGUGGGCUCAUAUUCCGUGGCCCAGAGAAUGCCAUUAAUUUGAAUUGGUACUAUAUUCCUAUUGCUUAUCAUGGGCGUGCAUCUUCUGUUGUCAUCUCCGGAACUGAUAUAGUGAGACCAAGAGGGCAGGGACCUCCAGUUCCUAACUCGCCAUCUCCUUACUUUGGGCCCUCACGGAAGUUGGAUUUUGAGCUGGAAAUGGCUGCAGUAGUUGGUCCAGGGAACGAAUUGGGGAAGCCUAUUGACGUUAAUAAUGCUUCUGAUCACAUCUUUGGGCUUGUUCUGAUGAAUGAUUGGAGUGCUAGAGAUAUUCAAGGUUGGGAAUAUGUGCCUCUUGGACCUUUCCUGGGGAAGAGUUUUGGUACAACUAUUUCUCCAUGGAUUGUGACCCUAGAUGCUCUUGAACCUUUUGUAUGUGGUGUCCCAGAACAGGACCCUCCCCCAUUGCCAUAUUUGGCUGAGAAGACAUCGAAAAACUAUGAUAUACAAUUGGAGGUUCAACUCAAACCUGCUGGAAAGGAGCCUUGUGUAGUAGCUAAGAGCAAUUUUAACCAUUUGUACUGGACGGUGACGCAGCAGCUUGCUCAUCAUACAAUUAAUGGUUGCAAUUUAAGGCCUGGUGAUCUCCUUGGGACUGGUACAAUCAGUGGUCCUGAACCUGAUUCUGUUGGAUGUUUGUUGGAGAAAACAUGGAAUGGACAAAAGCCACUCUCUUUGAAUGGAACAUCUAGGACAUUCCUAGAAGAUGGAGAUGAGGUCAUUAUUACUGGUGUUUGCAAGGUUUGUUACCUUCAAAAUUCCCAUACCUUAGAAAUUUUCAAAUUCGUUAAAUGAAAUUGGAAUUGUGCUCUUAUGGAGGUCAUUGCAUGAAUGCAUCAUUGUACAUUCGCUCUGAAAAAUGCAUACAUAUGCACAUGCUCAUUAAAUUUGAAGUUACUGUUUGAAUGGAACUAUAAAAUCAAAAAGCAGGACAAAAUUCAUGAACUUGCAAAACAUUGGCUCAUUUAGUGGAUGAUUUAGAAUAAAUCCUGAAUCAUGAUUAGUCGAGUGCUGGUCACAGGCAAUACUGCAGAUUUUGUAAUUCUGAAGUAUGUAUACUUUUAUUUGAGAUAUUUUGGAACAGCACAACUAUAACUCUGGUAUAUAUGCUCCCCUAGCUAAAACUCUGGUGUUAUGCUCCCCUAGCAAAAACUCUGAUAUCUUGGACAUGCUUAGUUGCUUGCUAAUAUUGAUAUUUGUUCUUUUCACCUUGUUAAAAAUUUGAAAUAGUUCAAGUCUAGAUAAGGGAUACCAAGUUCACUUUAAUACUACAAAUAAGUCAAGUGAUAGUAGAUGAUGUAUUCCUGGGUCAUUUAAUGUUGUACUAGUCCCCAUUUAACCGUAUUGUCACCUAAAAGCAGAGGGGGACCUUCCACCGGGACCAUUCGGGGCCAGGUCCCCCGUAAAUUAUUGUAAUUAAUUAGUUAAUAAACUUUUUUUUUGAACGGGAAUCAGUUAAUGAACUUAAAUAACCUAUAUUUACUUAUACUACGUAAAAUAUUGGUCAUGAUGAUUAGUUUUGAGCGAGGGGUAAAAUAUUUAAAUCCCGGCCCCUCUAAUAUUUUCGGCCAAGAUCUGUCACUGCCUAAAAGAAAAUUUCUCAAAAUCUUAAUACCUUUAUGUUGGAUUCUAGCAAAAAAAAGGGAUAUUAUUAUCAUAUUUUCAUAAUCUUACCUGUGAAAUAUCCCGAUUCAAUAGGGUCCAACUUAAAAAAAGGGAGAAAUAGUAACAUGAAAAAUUAUUCCUUGCACCAACUCUGACGGUUGCCUACCGACAAAAUAAGUGUUUGAUUUUUUUUUUGACACAAAAUAAGUGUUUGUUAACCACACUUCCACUGCACAAAAAACCUCUCUUUCACUUUCCCAAAAUUCCAUUCUUUACCAAAAACAAAAUGAAGAACAACUCCGAAUUCAGAGAAAAAUACGCGUACCCAAUUCUAGGAAUAGCUACAAUUGCUACACUUCUCUUCCUCAAUUUCAGUAAUCAGCUCACUUUCGAAUUUCCCACUGUUUUUUGGCAAAAAAACAUGGGUUUUGUUGGGGUUAAUUCCACCAAUUUCAUCAUAAUCAACAGCCAUUAUCAAUAUGAUCAAAGGGUGUAUGUUAAUGGGUGGAAUUCUUAUUGGUUGAUGGAGGCAAGUGUGUGGGACCCAUCAAGAUCAAAGGUUUCUAGAAUGCUUAAGAAAGGUGCUCAAAUGGGGUUGAAUGUUUGCCGUACUUGGGCUUUCAGUGAUGGGCCCGGCCCGAAUUCCUUGCAGAUUUCUCCUGGGGUUUUCAGUGAAAGAGUGCUCAAGGGAUUGGAUUAUGUGAUAGUGGAAGCAAGGAAGAAUGGUGUCAGAUUGAUUCUUAGUCUAGUAAACAAUCUGAGUGCAUUUGGUGGUAAAGCACAGUAUGUGAAAUGGGCACAAGAAGCUGGAGUAGU